UCGUAUGGGUAUGGAGACUGUGAAGUGAUUGAGAAAAUAGGGACCUUGCGUUUCUAAUCUUUUCCCUCUUAGCUAAUGGUUCGCGAUCCACUCCAGGUUUUGCGGCUGACUCUGCCUCUGAAUUUCGGCGGUGCACUGGGUAGCACGUUUCUCUCUCUCUCUCCCUCCCUCCUUUCUCCAGUGUCAGUCUCCAGGAUUUUCUCUCUUCCUAUUUCAAGAAGACUCGCACAGGCUCCCCCAGUCUGUGUGAAGCUGAGGUUUCCCCUGGAUCCCGUACAUCUCCAUCACAUACCUCCACGCACACACCUCCACGAGAGCCCAGCGCUCACACCCACAAACACGCGCGCACACACUCGCGCCGGCCUGUCCAUCUCCCUCCGGGGGGGAGCCGGCGCGCGGUCCCACCUUCGUCGCACACACUGGCCAGGCGAGCUCGCAGCGCUCCACGACUCUGCGGCUCGGAACUCGGACCGCUGCUCUGAACGCCCCCACUGUGGUAUUUAAAAAAAAAAAAAAAAAAAAAAAGACAUUUCUUUGCCUUCUCCUCCUCUCUCGCCUUUCUCGCACCGUUUUCUACCCGCGCGGCUAGCCGAGCCGGCUGCAUUCCCAAGCCAGCCCUGGUUGGCUUGCCAUCCUCCAUCUGGCUUAUAAAAGUUUGCUGCGCGCAGUCCAGAGAGCUGCGCGGCUCGUCCCCUCGGCUGGCGGAAGGGGGUGACGCUGGGCAGCGCCUAAGGAGCGCGCCGCAGCCUCUGGCGGGCUUUCGGCUCCAGGGGCAAGGUGAAGAGCGAGCGCACAGGGAGCUGGGGACUGCCGAGGUGGACUUGCACGUUACACCAUGCCUUCUUGGAUCCGGGCUGUGAUUCUUCCUCUCUCCGGGCUGCUGCUGUCCCUCCCGGCCGCGGCGGACGUGAAGGCUCGGAGCUGUAGCGAGGUCCGCCAGGCUUACGGUGCCAAGGGAUUCAGCCUAGCGGACAUCCCCUACCAGGAGAUCGCAGGGGAGCACUUACGCAUCUGUCCUCAGGAAUAUACGUGCUGUACCACAGAAAUGGAAGACAAGUUAAGUCAACAGAGCAAACUUGAGUUUGAAAACCUCGUAGAAGAGACAAGCCAUUUUGUGCGUACCACGUUUGUGUCAAGGCACAAGAAAUUUGACGAAUUUUUCCGAGAGCUGCUGGAGAAUGCAGAGAAGUCCCUAAAUGACAUGUUUGUCCGGACCUACGGAAUGCUGUAUAUGCAGAAUUCGGAGGUAUUUCAGGACCUCUUCACUGAACUGAAAAGAUACUACACAGGGGGUAAUGUCAACCUAGAGGAGAUGCUGAAUGACUUCUGGGCUCGGCUCCUGGAGCGGAUGUUCCAGCUGAUAAACCCCCAAUAUCACUUCAGCGAGGACUACCUGGAAUGUGUGAGCAAGUACACAGACCAGCUGAAACCCUUCGGAGAUGUGCCCCGGAAACUGAAGAUCCAGGUCACGCGCGCCUUCAUUGCGGCUCGCACCUUCGUCCAGGGCCUGACAGUGGGCAGAGAAGUUGCCAAUCGAGUUUCCAAGGUGAGCCCCACCCCUGGGUGCAUCCGGGCUCUCAUGAAGAUGCUGUACUGCCCAUACUGCCGAGGCUUGCCUACUGUGAGACCUUGCAACAACUACUGCCUCAACGUCAUGAAGGGCUGUCUAGCCAACCAAGCGGAUCUGGAUACUGAGUGGAAUCUGUUCAUAGAUGCAAUGCUCUUGGUAGCAGAGCGACUGGAAGGGCCAUUCAACAUUGAGUCAGUCAUGGACCCAAUAGAUGUCAAGAUCUCCGAAGCCAUCAUGAACAUGCAAGAAAACAGCAUGCAGGUGUCGGCAAAGGUCUUUCAGGGCUGUGGCCAGCCCAAACCUGCUCCGGCUCUCAGAUCUGCUCGCUCGGCUCCAGAAAAUUUUAACACCCGUUUUCGGCCCUACAACCCCGACGAAAGACCCACAACUGCAGCGGGCACGAGCUUGGACAGGCUGAGGACUGUGUGGAGGACCAUGCAGCAUAGUGUCACAGACAUCAAAGAGAAACUGAAGCUCUCUAAGAAGGUCUGGUCGGCACUGCCCUACACCAUCUGCAAGGACGAGAGCGUGACAGCAGGCACAUCCAACGAGGAAGAGUGCUGGAACGGACAGAGCAAAGCCAGAUACUUGCCUGAGAUCAUGAAUGAUGGGCUGACCAACCAAAUCAACAAUCCUGAAGUGGAGGUGGACAUCACGCGGCCCGACACUUUCAUCAGACAGCAGAUCAUGGCUCUCCGGGUGAUGACCAACAAACUGAAGAACGCCUACAACGGCAAUGACGUCAACUUCCAAGACACAAGCGACGAAUCCAGCGGCUCAGGCAGCGGCAGUGGGUGCAUGGAUGACGUGUGUCCCACAGAGUUCGAGUUCGUCACCACCGAGGCCCCCGCCGUGGACCCGGACCGGAGAGAAGAGGAAUCUUCGGCCGCGCAGGGCAGCUACUCCCUGCUCUCCUGGCCUCUGGUCUGCAUGGCCCUGGCCCUGCAGAGACUCCACAGAUAAUCGCGGGCUUUGGUCAAAGGAAACUGCAGUUUAGCUCCUCAGCGGCCAACUCCCGUCUUUUCUUACACUCUUGGACAACGGACCAUGCCACAAAAACUCGCCGUUUUCUAUGACAAGAGAGCAGUCUUGCAACCUGCCUCCCUUUUUCUUUUCCCAAAGAGUACCAGGUGCCAGAGGAUCUGCUUCUGUCCUUCAGCUAUCCGUGGGGACCUUGUUUAUUCCAGAGAGAAUUCUUACUCAAAUCUUUCGUACCAAGAGAUUUUUUCUUACCGUCAUUUGCUUUUAUGCUGCAAAAUUAAAGGAAUUUCACGUUGUGAGGGUUUUUUUUUUUUUCUAACACCCCACUUAGAAUAAUAUAAGAUAGGAAGAAAAUAAUUUUCCGUUUCAAAUCAGGCAAAACCCCAAGACAACUGCCUUUUCAACAAGGAAGCGAAUAUAGGAGAGAAAAUAGAGGAACUCUCGUGCUAUCAGGUUUGGAGAUGACAGCCUGGAACGAGCUUCUCUGUGACAAGCCAGGUUUACAAAAUGCUUCUGAGGAGAAGCGUAACCUUUUUUAAUGUGGUGGAAACGCGCUGUUGUCUUGGAGGUAUUGUCUUGCACUCAGCCCAAACUGAUUUGGAGGUACUGAUAGUAAAUUUAGGAUUCUGUCUUUAUACGAGCGGGAAUCUUAUUGCGACUUCACGCCUCUCUUUCACCUGCCUGAUGGCCGCGCUCACUGAUGGCGGCACUCACUGAUGGCAGCAUUUUCUGUCUCCUAACACCUGUCCAUGGUAGCCAACUGGCACCGAUUGUCUUCAGUUCUUCACGGAUGCCCCUGUCAAGUCUCCUCCCUCCUAGGUCUUGACUAAGAAUCAUCUUCAUUGGUACAGUCUCUACAUUGGCCACCAGUCUGGCAUGAAUUAGACAUCUCAGCUCCUCGGCUCCUGACUGUCCCUCAAAUAAGAGUUCUCUUACUGACAAUGACAAUUAGCUCCACACAUGAGCUUUUGUUACAGACUCUUUGAUUUGUGUCAAUUGGUUUCUGCAUCACGAGGGCAUUCUUUUACAAAAUAACUCACAACUACAACAAACUCAAGAUAAAAAAAAGAGAGAGAGAAAAAACACUAUAUAUAUAGUAUUGACAUGGAGAUUUCUUUCACUUUUUUAGUCUUAGUAUGAUCAUCUAUUUUUAUAUCAAUAUAUAUAUAUAAAUCACAGAUUUUAACUUCUUAAUUCCAAGCUCAGGGUUGACACUCCUUUGUAACAAAACUGUUUUGUCAACCAGCUCUUCUUGUUUUGUGCUGCUCAGAGAAAGGAUUCCUCAAUGAUCUGUGAGCACCAAGAAUCAAGAAAGAGAACUUUUUAUGUAUCUAACUGUCCAUCUAUUCCAAGUUUGCCAGGGCACACCCUUUUCACACAAGUGUGUUUUGUCCCUGGUGCUCCAAACUGUCCUGAGCUCAUGGGACAAGCCCUGGUGUGCAAGACAUUACUGGCAAUGGAAUGUGUGUGUGUAAAGAAUGUUAUUCAUGAAACACCAUUGCUCUCAUGUACAACACAUUUGGCCUAGGACUCCUGAUGGGUACUAUAGUAAAUGACCUAAACUCAGCUACAGCCUAACCUCCCCACAAAGCCAGGCCCAAUGCUUCCCCCAUCAGAGAGAAAAAAACCAAACCAAACCGGGGUUAUAAGAAGACAGUUGGCUAGCCACAUGGUUUUGGUUUUUUACAUUAUUCAUCUUGUUUUAUUUUGGAUUUUGGUUUUGGUUUUUAUGAUACAUCUGGAAUAGGGAGAAGAAAUAUUUCAAGACACCACCGCAUACCAAUUGCAUUUUAACUGACUCAUCGACAGUAUUGACACAUAAAUGGUUCUAUCUCUAUUCUCAUCAAAAUUAAAAUUAGUUAUCGAUUUCAUCAUCAUCUCUAAGUAGAACACAUGUACUAGUAUUAAGUGUAUUUGAGCACUUUUGAAAACAAAACAUAUUUACAAGCAUCUGUUGCUACUUUAUGCCUAAAAAAAUAUGAAGUAUAAGAUUCUGAGAGACUUUGUGGCAUCUUUCAUUAAAAUUUGUGUGAAGUUAACACUUAAUCAAAUCCAGAACUGCAUCCUUUUGGAAAGCCGUCCAGCUCACUGCCCCCCUUCAGCUUCUCAUCACCACUUGCACAUAACACAUCUCUGUGAAGGACCAGUCAUUUAUGUUACUCAGCUCAAUGUAUGUUCAGACAUCAGUAUUGUUUUUCUCCAAUAAUUACAGUGCAGUACAAAUUCAAUCAACUUUGAUUCUCCAGGAUAUUUGAGUAAUAUUUUUUAUGGCUUUAAGCUCCAACUCUCUUUUAAAAAUAUUUCUGCAUUAUCUUCUGUAACACAAGUCAAAGAUUCUUAUUUUUUACAGUGCUUUUGCCUCCAAAUGUUUUUUUUGCAUGCAUAUGACAACACAUUACAUUAGUGAAUGUGAAGCCAUGUUCUGUGCACAUGAAUCACACAGAUAAUAUAAAAAUACCUGUUUCCUUUGUCUCGACCCUGUGCUCUCAAAGGUAUUCCUAUUGGCAAGAAGUAGUGAUGCAUAUGAGUCAGGCCAGAGUGGAAAUGAGGAUCGGCGGACACAGCCGCAUCAUCAGUCACCUUGCAUGGACACAGUCAAAAUGUCAUUCACUUGAACUUCCCAGUGCUGUCACCACCCAUCGUACAGUUCUGUUCUUUCCUUCCCUAAGCCUCUUCACUGAGUUCCCCCUUUUCAGUACUGUGGAAUCCUCCUCCCAAAUUAAUUCUCAUUUCAGCAAUGAUAGGGGAUGUGUUCACAUUCCGUUGUCAUUCAUGGCCGGCCCUCAUUUGUGAUGAUGUCCCCUAAAUUCUGUGAUCACAUCACAACUUGUGUUAUGAGUAGAGAGGAAUGGGACCCCAAAAUUGGACACUAGAAAUUGGUGGGUGGUGCUCAUAACUGCAAACACUUAGCUUAUUGAAGUGCCUCUAUUUACAUGUUCUUUAGUUAUAAUAUGUAUUUUUCUAACAGAAGUACACGUCUGUGAUUGGUGUUUAUUAGACUUUGUAUAUGUUAUGACGAAGGCUAAACAAAGGCUAAUGUCUCAGCAGAGAAGAAUGAACUGUAAGGUGAUGAAUAAGAGCUGAUGGUCCAGGACUGACAGCCCCAGACAGCCUUCUGUCCCUGCCACGAAGGCCAAGUUGGCACUUCCAUCGCAGCCACCACAGACUAGCACUGGAAGCCUGACUCCCUUACCAUGAUUUGCCCGAGGAGGAAGGUGACAGGAAUCACCUGCUUCUGUCUACACUGAAAAACACUGUUCAUUGAUGAGCAGCAGUCUUUUUAAAAGGAACAUUCUUUAAAUCAAACACAUUGGAAAUACUAUUGGAUGCAGAACCAUGAAACUUGAGUUCCAUUCCCUGCUACAGACAUUAGCCUUCUUUAAUUCUUCUUGCCAUCACAUACAUAUUUUGGCCACAGACUAAGCACCAACUUAAGUCCUCAAGGAGGAAUCAGACUUGGUAAAAUCCUGGCUUGCAAGUCUUUCCUCACCCCUUUCUGCAAGGCUAGGUAUCAGGUAGCUUGACUUGGGGUUUCAAGCGGUAACAAACGCAGGAUUUGACUUUUCCAAAUGCUUGCAGAUACUCAAGCUCAUGUUCUGUGACUUACAAUCACUAACAUAUUAAAUUAAAACAAUAGUGCAGCCUUGCAACCAGAAGAGGAAAGCAGUCCAUACCUUUUAAAUCCACCGUGUGUUCCUCCUUGGUAGAGAUAUUAGCCAGUGCUUCGUUUUAGGCCAACUUAUACUGAUUUGUACGCAUUCUGGAGACUUGCUAUGUCAUAAUUUGCUACAGCCCAGAUUCAGCUUAGCCUGGGAAUGCUUGAGACUUCCCUGAGAGUGGAGUGGGUACUGGAAUCUUUGGCAUUGCCUUGUAAUGAAGGACUUCAUGAGCAACACCUGAGGAAGGCACCGCAGCGCAGUCUCUGUGUGCAUACACAGAACACAUAUGCAGGAGAAAUGUGUGCACCAAUCGAACCUAAAAUUUUAUGUGACUGUCAAAUGACUAUUAUUUGGGUUAAGAUUUUUCAUUUCUGAUUUGGAUAGAAAAUUGCUAUUAAUCUUGUAUUAAAAUAGUUUUUAAAAAUCUA